ACGUCAAGACGCGGAAAUCGAAACUUACUUGAGCUGAUGAACGUGAAGAAAAUGAAAGCGUGACUGUUAUUAAUGUCAAAUAUGAGCUGACAUCUGUUUCUGCCGUCAUCAUUAAACUAUUAUUUAUUAAAGUAAUCAUUAACCGUCGCCUGUCAUAAACAUGUUUAUUUAGAAACUGGAGGUUUUUUAAACUUUCAGCAGAAGGUUUUUGAGAAGACUCUACAAUGGAGAUUCUUGCAGAGACUUACGUUUCCAAACUGAAUGAAUAUCAACAGAAGACUGGAGUCAAGGUACAAUAUGAAGAAGGAUCGACGGAGGGUCCGAGCCACAAUAAAACGUUUACUUGUACAGCAGUUGUGAAUGGCACGCGCCAUCCUGAAGCCACAGGGAAAAAUAAGAAAGAAGCGAAACAGAACGCGGCCAGAAACGCCUUUAUUGCCAUCAAACCAACACUCAACACACCUUUUUGCUCUAACCUAACACCAAACAAUUUAAACAAGAAGAUCACAGUAAGACUGAAUCCUAUCAGCUGGCUGAAUGAAUAUUCGCAGAAAAACAGGGUUGAAUUCAAGCUCCGUGAGUUCACUAAGACGGAUCCAACAAGUUCCACUCAAUUCUUCACUUACGUGUGUAAGUAUGUAUGUGGUGAUAAAGAAUAUCCUGAGGCUUACGGCAAAUCAAAGAAAGAGGCCAAAGAGGCCGCAGCUAAAUAUGUUUAUGAAGAAUUAAACCCAAACACUGAGGGUCAUGAUAAGAACUGGAGUAAUACACCUGGAUCAGAGAUGUCAGCUCUUAGUACAAACAUGGAUCAUCAGAGUUUGGCUGAAGAUUCUCGAAGCUCCACACCUGACAACAACAACUACAUCGCAUGUCUCAAUGAGUACUGCCAGAAACGUAAAUGUGUCAUAGAUUAUAAAUUAAUAGACAAAACAGGAGCCGCUCACACCCCAGAGUUUGUGUAUAAGGUUGUUAUAGACGGGACAGAGUUUUCUGAGGGAUACGGAAAGAGCUCUAAAGAGGCCAAACAGCACGCGGCUCGGAAGGGAUGGAUGGAACUUCAGCAGCGUUCAGACGGGAACACACAGAGCUCUGAGGAGGACACGUCUUCACAAACAAAACAAAUACACAUUAAAUCUGCAGAAUCACAGAUGUGUACUUCAGUCUCCAGCUCAAGUGAUUCUGUUGUGUUGAGAGAUUCUGUCAGUUCUCCUAUGGCCAUCAGUCCAGCCAUGAGCCCAAUGGAUGUCAAGCCGAAAAUAAGAUUAGCACCCAAUUUCAAUCUUUCUCCAAGCGUUUCGCCCAAGAUUAAAGGGGAUGCUUUUAACAUGAACACAACCAACCAAACAAAACCAUCAUCAAAUCACACUGUAACUCAAGCAGUAAAAUCACGGUUUUUAGGAGAUUUCGAUUCAAUACGUCGAGUUGGCAAAGGUGGUUUUGGACGUGUUUUCAAGGCAAGACGUAAGCUGGAGGAUCAAUACUUUGCUGUGAAGAUUGUGAAGAAUAAAGUCAAUGCUUAUCGUGAAGUUAGUGCUUUAUCAAAGCUGAAUCAUCCCAAUAUCGUCCGUUACUACACAUGUUGGGUGGAGGAGACGGCCUACAGACCCGAAAGUUCUGAGAGCAACAGCACUUCUGACUCUGGUAGCAGUCUGGAGUUCCUGUACAUUCAGAUGGAGUUGUGCGAGGGAGAUACUCUUCGUGUGUGGAUCUAUCAGAGAAACUCUUCAGAUGAAGUCACGGACACAGAGAGAAGAAAAGACGCCGCACACAUCUUUCAUCAGAUCUUACAGGCUGUACAGUACCUUCACAAACAUGUGAUCCACAGAGACCUGAAGCCUGCUAAUAUCAUGUUUGGCAGUGAGGGGGGGGUAAAGGUGGGAGAUUUCGGUCUGGCGACUGCAGUGGACAGUGACGACGAGCAACAGAACAGAAGCAGUAAUACAGGAACCCGUUCUUACAUGAGUCCAGAACAGCUCACUCAUUCCUAUGAUAAAAAAGUGGAUAUUUUUGCUCUGGGUCUCAUCUACUUUGAACUCCUCUGGAAACUUGGAACUGAUAAUGAAAAGAGCAAGAUUUGGGGCGAUAUAAAAAUAAGGAAAUUUCCACCUCAGUUCCCGGAGAAAUUUGACUUUGAGCACAAGCUGAUACACAAAAUGCUGAAUGAGAAGUCUAAAGACAGACCAGAGGCGGGAGAGCUGAUUUCAGAGCUGCAUAACCGUCCCAAAGUCUUCAAGAACAACUGAACAUCCCUCAAACCUGACGGACUGAAUAAAGACUUUUAGACUUCACUGAGGGACAUGCUGACACCAGGGGAUUGUGGGAUUGACAGCAGGAGAUGUGCUGCUGAGGAUCAUGUUAUGAGGAUGAGAGUUUGAGAGAGAGAACACCUCACAAAGUAAACAUGACUGUAUUUAAUUCAGAUCUGAAAUUGAACACUUUUAUUGUGGCUGACGGCAGGUAUUCAUGCGUUCAUUCAGCAGAAACUUUUAUCCAAAGCCACUUAUAAAUGAGGGAGAAUUGAACAUUUUGCCUUAAAAGUCAACAAUGAGCUACAGUAGGUGUACAAGCAGAACCCUGAGCAGCAUGAGGGAUUCACACAAAAUCUUGCUUUAAGAUGUUAAAGAUGAUUUUCUUAUAAACGCUUAAUCAAUCUCAUAGCAUGUUUGGCUAAUAACAACUGAGCCCAUGAUGCCUAAAUAUGUUUGAAUUGAUCAUACACAAUAAGACAUUAAUGAAUUAUAUUUCAAUAGAAAAUCAAACAUGUCAAGUUUAUUUAAAUGUGGAGAACUAUCUGUAUCGUCAAUGAGAAGGGAAAAAGUUGUGGAAACAACGUGACAAGAGAAUUACGAUUUUAACUAUAAAUUUAUUAACUUGUUAGCUAUUGGAAAAAGUACUUGUAGAUGUGUUUCUUCACAAAAAAAUCUAACUUCAUGUAAAUAUAUUUGAGUCUUUAAAAACGUUCAGGAGGAUGAGAAUAUCAAUCCUGGAUACUUCUUUCCUCCACUAUUUCUUCAUUUUUAUUAUACAUGAAUAUUCUGUCAAUCGUUUUUUGAUCAUUUGAGAACAUCUAGUAGAACAUCCAGUUGUGUUUUUCACAAUAUAUUUUAAGUUUAUUCUGUUUAAAUUAUAACAUAUAAUCUGACGCAUUACAGUUACAGCAUGAGAGUUUCAACAGAAAAAGGAAUAAAAUACAUUUAUUUCA